AUGGCAACCGAGGUAGUACGCGAAUCAAAAAUCCUUCUCACUCCCGAUAACUAUGCCCUUUGGCUGCUUCCGAUAAAAGCCAAACUUCAUAAAGCUAAAUCACUCACCAUCGUUACUGGAGCGCAUACCUGUCCUGACCCUAAAGAAGACAAAGAAAACGCCCGACUCUACGUCAAGCUCAACGAAGAUGCGUACGCAGAAAUCGUCCAACAUCUCAAUCAAGAAAUCCUUGCGUAUGUCAGUUCCACCUUACCCGAGGCCGACGAAUUCAACGGGUACAAACUCUGGCAACUCCUCAAGCAAAAGUACGCCGGCAACGAUCUAACCUCCAGAACCACUGCCCUCAAGAAAUACCUUGCUAUCAAAUACGACUCGUUCUCGUCGUUUCUCCCUCUCGUUCGAUCGGCUAAUCAGAAAAUCGUACUUUCAAAACUCGCUCUUGACGAUCAAGUCAAGACUAUACUGAUGCUCGAUAAAUUGCCUCAAGAAUUCCACUUGUUUAAAACCAACAUCUCAAUGAACUUCGAGACCGAACCGUUCGAUCAGGUAUUAAAGAAACUUGAAGAUUUUGCUGCUCAAAAUCAACUAAACGAAAUCAAGAAAUCUUCGGUGUCGUCGAUCUCUUCUCAAGCCACUAUGUUUACUCAAUCGUCUAACCCCGAGAUCACUUGUCCUCAUUGCAAACGAGGAUUCCGAGCCUGUUCGCAUUGCUUCAAGAGCGGCCACACCGAAGCCAAUUGUUUUCAAAAGCACCCCGACAAACGCAAACUCAAUCCAGUCGCUUCCUCGUCCAAACAACAGUCAACACACCUCACUCACUACACUCAAGAAGAUGAAGAAUACCUACAGCAAAAAUAUCCAGACCUCCAUCUCUAA